UACCCGGAGAAAAUCUAGUGCUUUCUAGAAUGGUGAAAAAAAAGGGGCUCCCACUAGGGGGGCGGGUUGACAAGCCGUGACGUCGCGGUCAGCUGCGGAAGGUUCCAGAGGGUUGUAUCUCUUCAUUCAUCGUUCUUGCCUUGAGACGGGAUCGCCUUGUGCGCCAUGGAUUGUGCCCUGUUGGAGCUCCAGAAAGAUCUUGAAGAAGUGAAGCAGCUGCUGGAGAAGGCCACCAGGAAGAGAGUGCGGGAUGUGUUGUUUGUGGAGCAACGAAAACUAGAGACGGAAAUUUCCAACAGGCAACAGCAGCAGGCGGGAGAGUCCACAGACGUCCAGAAACCGUCCGCCAUGGUCCCUCCCAUGGCCAGCGCUUACACCGUGAAAAUCAACAAUUAUGGGUGGGAUCAGUCUGACAAGUUUGUGAAAAUCUACAUAACUUUGAAUGGCGUUCAGAAUAUUCCUGCCGAUAAUGUACAAAUCCAGUUCACCGAACGAUCGUUUGACUUAUUAGUGAAGGAUCUAAAUGGCAAGAAUCACGCCAUGACUGUGAACAACCUCCUGAAGCCCAUCUCCCCUGACAGCAGUUAUAGAAAAGUUAAGACUGACACGGUGCUCAUCAUGUUGAAAAAGAGGUCUGAAAGUAAAUGGGACUAUUUGACGCAGGUUGAGAAGCAAACAAAGGAGAAAGACAAACCUUCCUUGGAAACAGACACAGAUGGAGACCCCAGUGCUGGUCUGAUGAAUGUUCUGAAGAAAAUUUAUGAUGAAGGAGAUGAUGAGAUGAAGAGAACGCUGAAUAAAGCCUGGGCGGAAUCUCGAGAGAAACAGCUAAAGGGUGAUACGGAUUUCUGAAGGGAGCUGCGUUCCUGUCCCCCUUCGCCUUAAAUCCAUUGUACAGGGACCAGCCUUACAUUACCUGCAGUAGAGUUGAUCUCUACAGUGUCCAUUGUUUACAAUCCGAUUACUUCCCAGCAUGCACUGUGCUGUUUCUACAGCCCCUGAUUGGACUGAGACCAAAACACAAACACGUCAGAGCCCUGGCCUCCAUAUUUCUAACUGUAAUAGAUCUUUCUUCUUGGAAUCUGAUUGCAGAUAUUUUGUCUGGAAUUUUAUUUGGAAAUCUUUGUAAAUGUCGUUUUGUUGUAUAAUAAAUUCUGCCAAAUACGUUUUGUUUUGGA